AGACAUAUAAAACAGGUGGUGGAUCACAGGCACACCAUCAGCUCCUUUCCUUUAGAGCUGCUUUGUCUCUCAGGGUCUGCUGGGAUUCUGAGCCAAGUGCUGUUGUUGACUGGUGACUUCUUGUUUUUUCCUGUGUUUGGCUGUUUUCACAUUGCAAUAUGUGGAAACCUGAGAAAAUUUUAUUUUGGAACUGGAUGGCUACCAUUCUUGUCUUGGGCCAAGCAUGGACAAAUGGGAAGCACAACUUGCCGAGCAGUGGAUUAAGGUCAGACUGUGCAGGUAAUCUAAUGAGGCUGCAGCUGGAUAAGGCUCUGGCUGUGGGGAACCAACUCGUAGUGGAAGCGAUCAAUGGCACCAAACACAUUGCUUUAACACCCGGCCUGGCUGCUCAGUGUGGCUACAGCAUGGAGUCUGACCCAUGGGGUAACACCCGGAUCUACUCGUCUCUGUUGGGCUGCUAUGUAAACAACAAAGAUGACACAACAUUCACAUUUGGCUUGAAACUGAAACUUUACAAGAACAGUCCAUCUGAUGUGGUUGGUCAUGAUGUGACACAGACAUGUAGCUACACUCGCUGGGCUUCCAAAGAGAUUCUCUGUGACAGGAACUACAUGGAAGUGUCAACAUACAUGGGUCAGAGUCUUCCACAGGUUGAUGCUAAAGGAAGGGGUCCAGCAAAGGAGGACCCUCAAAUGAAUGCCAUUCCUGAGGCUACAGGUGAGGGGCAUGGAAUCUGGAAAAUGACAUUCUUCACUCCUGAGCCAACUGCUAUGGUACUUGAAGAAGCUGAACAAGCUGGUUAUGCUGCCAUGACAACUUCAACACGUCUGGUUAUGCGCAGUCCAUACAGUACUGCUGAAACCUAUUCGGAGGAAGUUGCUGGAGUCCCUAUGGAGGUCUUCAGGGUUAGUGUCUACCACAAGGACCAACAUGGUUUAAAUGUUGUGAACUUGGCAGCUGCUUGUCCAACAGGUGGCAUCCUCUUUACUGAGGAUCUCAUCUCCUGGCAUGUGCCUCGCCGCAUUACCCCUCUAAUGGACAGCAAGGUUAAAAUGGUGGAAAUGCACAUGGGCAUAAAUGGCCAAAGACUUGAUAAAUCUCAGAUGGCUGCUAGAGGUUACUCGCUUUCUACCACAGACUUCCACAUUGUUCUGGAGAUCCCCAUAGGCUCACCAGAUGGUUAUUACAAGAGUCAUGCCCCAGAUUACCAGUACCAUAUCACUUAUACUAUUGAGCCCAUGCUUGAUGUACUCUGGAGGGCAGACAACCAAGAUGACACCAGAUACAAAGUUUUGUUCCCCAUUACAACCCCACCAAUGCCUCUUCCUCCUCAUGCUGAAGACCGUACCAUCCCAGAGGACAGGGUGUUCAAUGUUCAUGUUGGGACCUUCCUUCAUGAUGUGGAGCUGAGGAAUAUCACUUUUUCCACUGGAGUUCUUUCUGUUGCUGAAAGCAAUGCAGAAGGCUUUGCUGUAGAGAAAUACAUCCUCCCCAAUGGAACAUCUGUCUUCACUUUACAAGUGCCCUUUGCUGCUGAUGUUGUCCUAAAGCAUAAUCCUGAACCCCUGGUUACAACCUACUUCCUCCCUUUGGUCUUUGGCUUCGUUAUCCACCCUGAGGAAAGUCAAUUUUCCCACACUGUGGAAUUGCAGGCUUCACUGCAGGAUGUUGUUCUACCAACACUAUUUGGGAUCUGCGACCUGGAGUAUUUCUACAUUGGUGUUAAAUAUGGCAAUCGGGGACACAACUUCAAGACCUUGGUUGGCACUCAAGACCUGACACCAGAACUGGCUGACUACUUCAAGUUUUAUGACAAUGGUACACACUACAGCAUUGAUGUUCCAUAUUAUAAUGCAGUUACUGCCUUUGAGGUGAUGGCAAUGGAUUCAGUCAGAGCCAGACUUGAUGUGCUGCUGUGGGAUCCAGUCAACCAGUGGGUGCUUGGUGAUCUCUACCUGACUUGCAACUUCCCUCUGACAACCACCACAUGCUACCCCAAUGGAACCAUUACUGCCCUGGCUGUGAAGGUGGAAUCUGUGCCAAAUCUUCAGCCAAGCUGGCUUACUUUGCAGGACAAGUCCUGCACACCAGUGUUCAGUGACGAUCGUUUUGCCAGAUUUACCUUUAGAGCUGACUCCUGUGGAACAACCAGAACAUUCUUCAACCAAUACAUGCUGUAUGAAAAUGAGAUUGGCUUAUAUCACAACACCAAAGAUAAUUUGGCCUACACGUCACCAGUUGAUCCUGACUACAGGCAAAAGAUCUCUUGCUACUACACAGUCAAUGACACGCAGACCAUAGGCUUCAGCUCCUCCCCCAGACACUCUGAUCCCAGAGCAGAGAUAGGGUCAGGGCAGUUCAUGGUGCAAAUGAGACUGGCCCAGGAUCCCUCAUACGACUACUUUUACAAAGCAGAAGACUAUCCAGUGCAGAAAUAUCUAAGGCAACCUUUGUACUUUGAAGUGGAUCUGAUGCAGUCAUCUGACCCUCACUUGGAACUGAUCUUGGAAAACUGUGUGGCUACUAAUCAAGAGGAUAGAAACUCUGUUCCCAGUUGGGACAUCAUUGUGAAUGGCUGUGAGAACCCUGAUGAUGGCUAUGCCACAAUCUUCCAUCCUGUUGCCAUGGACAACCAAGUUUCAACCCCAGCUCACAUCAAGCGCUUUUCAGUGAAAAUGUUUACUUUCAUUAAAGAUGAGGAGGUUCUGCAAGAUGAGAUCUAUGUCCACUGUGAUGUAGUGAUUUGUGAUACAACCAGCCCUCCAGAAGGCAUCUGCCAAGGCCAGUGUCAGGGCUUAAAGCCCUCAUACCAAGGCAUGAAAAAGGGAAAAGGUACAGCUUCAACACACAAACGAGAGAUCUCCUCUGGACCGAUCCAAAUUCAUAAAUAAACUAUCUUAAAUGUA